GUUUAGGAAAGGAUAAAGUUGGUUUUCCAGCGUCUUCUCGAAGACUUCUUUGGACAGAAUCGAUGCUAAAAUGUAUUGGCGGCGUUGUAAAAUUUUCGCCACAUUAGUCCUUCAUAUAACAUCGUGUUUCAGUGUUCCGCUCAGCGAUUUCUAUCCUUAUGGAGUCAGCGAGGGUGAUAAUGCACUUCCGCCAAAUGACGACGGCAGCUCAGGAGAAAUACCAAUCUCAACUCUCUUCCCGUAUUUUGACAAGAAUCACGGUUCCUUAUAUGUUAACACAAAUGGAGUUAUCUCAUUUCUGGGUGCAGUGAGUCAAUACACCCCAGCUCCAUUCCCCUUGGGGGACAACCGACGUCUUAUUUCGCCAUUUUGGGGUGACGUGGACACCAGAAAAGGAGGAACUGUAUUAUACAGGGAGUCUAUUGACUCUGUAUUGUUGGACCGAGCUACAAAAGAUGUUCGACGGGCAUUCUUAAAUCACCAGAGAUUCUCAGCCUCUUGGAUUUUCAUAGUGACCUGGGACAGAGUGGCAUUCUAUGGAGCUGAAGGAAACUUUAAAAACAAGGUGAACAAUUUUCAAGCAGUGCUGGUUACAAAUGGACGUCAUUCAUUUGCCAUAUUCAAUUACAAUCAAAUCGUGUGGACAACUGGUACAGCUAGCGGAGGGACUCAGGAUGGAUUGGGCGGUACCCCUGCUCAGGGCGGGUUUAAUGCUGGAGAUGGGGUGAGGUUCUUCAUUAUCCCUGGCUCCCGAACAAAUAACAUCCUUAAUCUUCCUUCCACCUCAAACGUUGCUCGAGGCGGUCAGUGGAUGUUCCGAACCGAUGAAGCAAGUGUGGAAGCUGGGGGAUGCAACACAAAAGGUACAAAUUGUAAACACAAGUAUAGAUCUCUCACCAUAUCACCCCGAUCUGGGAUUAUGUUAGGAGGUACAAACGUGAAAAUGAGUGGACCUUGCUUCACUGCAAAUGAUAACAUUGUGGUUCAACUCGACAAUGAUGUCAACAUUAAUGCAACUUUUAGCGAUGAGCUAACGUCAUCAGUUACCAUACCAGUGUUGAACAAGACAGGACGGCUGUCAUUCAAGUUAUCUACUGACGGCGGAAAUUCAUUCAAUUACAAUGGAGCGUACACAUCAGUUCCGAUAAAUCGAUACACUCCCGAGGUCCAGCGAGAGGACGGUGAUACAUGGCAGGAGGAUUCCACGGUUGACAUUAGUUGGGAUUCGGGAAGCAUCGGAGGACUUGACGAGGAAGUGUCGAUUGACUUGGCGCGCUAUAAAAUGGGAGAUGACGAUGUCCCCGUACUGGACAGUUUCCGUCAAGUAGUAAACAAUCAACUUAAUUCUGGACAUAGUCGGUUUACUGUCACAAAAGGAGAGGGAGACGGGAACAUUGAUGAUCGUUUUAUCAAUCUUGUUCGAGUGUCAAGAAAAAACAGCUACAGCAACGUGUCUAAGUCUCAGUGGGUGUGGAGUGGAGUGUUUUCUUGGAAGAAUUCGCCGUGGGCUGAAAAAAGAUGUAACAAAUGGCAUCAGAAGGAACCUAAUCCAGACACAUUCAGAGGGGAUCCCAGCAUGCAGCCAUGCCCUUUGAGGUUGACUCAGGCUAUGGUAGAUCGCGGGCGCUUCAUGUCUGAUGAGGAAUGCAAUCCCCAAAAUCGCGAUGGAUGUGAUCGAUACCACAAGGGAGCUUUCCAGUGUUUUUUAAUGGUCAAUCCCAGUGCCACAGGCUCUGGUCAGCAGUGCUGCUUUAACAAGUUUGGAAACUUAAUGGUGGGCCAACCAGACGCAGGGUCCCUUGACCGCGUUCAUCCUAAUGCUGGUCUCCCUGUGAUAUCCCAUUUCUUCCAUGAUAAGGUGCCGUACGAAGACUGCUGCCGCAACUCUAAGAAUUGUGAAAAGUACUUUGAGAAGCGGCCUUCAGACGACGGCUCAAGAUAUCAAGCACCAAGACCCGCUACCGGUUUUGGAGACCCACACAUGGUGACCUUGGAUGAGAAACCAUUCACGUUCAACGGAUAUGGGGAAUACUUCAUUUUAAAAGUGAAAGGGGUAGACUUCACCUUGCAGGGGCGUAUGGAGCCUCUAUUAGCAGACGAUGGAUCGCCCUCAAAAGCCACGGUAUAUACAGCAUUUGCAGCCAAGGAAAAUGGAUCAGACGUUGUACAGAUCCAGUUGAAUGGUCGUGGCUUAGUGGAUGUUUUGGUGAAUGGGGAAAGAGUUGAUUUUGAUGAGCUCUCCCUUCUGGAAUUCACCGGAGUCUCUGUGUUGUAUUACAUCAACACUACUAAAUAUUCCGUUAUUUUUAACUCCGGCAUCUCCGUGACAGUUGAAGGGCAGCAAGAGUUGCUUGGUCUCGUGACUUUGGUACCAACAGUUUUUAAAGGUAAUACUUCUGGUCUCCUUGGAUACUGGGAUGACAGUAAAGAGACGGAAUUCCUCAAGCCCGAUGGAACAUUUCUAAAUACAAAUUCGAGUUUGGAAAUCAUACACAGGGAUUUCGGACAAUUAUGGGUCACCAAACCAGAUGAGUCUCUCUUUGUCUAUCAACAAGGGCAGGACCACUCCACGUUUCACCAUCCGAAUUUCCAGCCAAUAUAUCCUGACAGUCAAAACUUGGACUUUACCGAUAAGGUGCUGGAGAAGGAGGCCCAGAAUGUCUGUGGAGAUAGCUCCGAGUGUUUGUUCGAUAUUUUCACAACUGGCAAAGUGCGAAUCGGACGAGCAACAAAAGAGAUUGUGACUCAGUUUGUUGCUGUUGUAAACGACACUGUGAAGCCAGCUUGCGUACCACUGGACUCGCAGCUGACUAAUGGGUUUGUUCACAGAAAUGACACCGAUGGCGGGAUUGAUUACAAGUUUGCAUGCAAUGAAGGUUUCGUUCUGAACGGUUCUAGUCAUGUAACGUGUAAAGAUGGACUUUACAAUGGUUCAGCUCCAAACUGCUUGCCGAAAGAAUGCCCAGUUCGUCUUUGGCAUCUUAAGAAUGGUCGCUUUCACGGGAACGGCAGUGUUUAUCUCUCAACGUAUCAUUUCCUGUGCAACGGUGGAUAUGUCUUGGUUGGUGACAAUACCGUGACAUGCAAGGCGAAUGGCUCAUGGAAUGGCACAAAACCCGUCUGUUUGCGAGAAUGCCCAGGGCUCCCUUCUUCAAUAUCAAACGGCGAAGUCAAUGGUUCGGGUCGCUUGCAAGGAUCACACCACAGGUUUAGCUGUCGCCCCGGUUACUCUCUGGUAGGCCAAGCCACUUUACACUGUACCGAUGAGGGAAAGUGGAAUGCCAGUGUUCCCAUAUGUAUGAGAGAAUGUCCUCAUCUUCCAUCAUUCAUACCAAAUGGAUUCGUUGGUGGGAAUGGAUCGGUGGAGGGAUCUCAGUACAGGUUCAGUUGCAAGGGAGGAUACUCUCUUGUGGGGGCAAACACCCUUCAAUGUACCGAUCAGGGAAACUGGAAUGGCUCCAUUCCUACGUGUCUCAAAGAAUGUCCACAACUGCCGUCAUCAAUACCUAAUGGAUUUGUCAACGGCACAGGUUUCUUGGAAGGCUCCGUGUAUGGAUUUAGUUGUUUGCAGGGCUACUCCCUUAUUGGAGAGAAAACGUUAGUUUGCUCUGCGGGCGGAAACUGGAAUUCCAGCCUUCCCAGCUGUCUCAAAGAUUGUCCAGACCUUCCGUCGUCCAUACCGAAUGGAAAAGGAAACGGAACUGGUUCCGUAGAGGGCUCCAAGCAUCAUUUUACUUGCAAUGAGGGAUAUUCACUGGUUGGACAGAGAGCUUUACAUUGCAAUAACACAGGUGCCUGGAAUGGCUCUGUGCCUGUGUGUCUUAUAGAUUGUCCUAGGCUGCCAUCUGAAAUAAAAAAUGGCGAAAUAAAUGGAACAGGUUUCGUAGAGGGAUCAUUGUACAAAUUUAGCUGCAACGAUGGUUACUCUAUCGUGGGUCAAGAUCUUCUGUAUUGCACUCAAAUGGGAAGAUGGAACGCAGGUGUCCCCCUUUGUCUCAGAGAGUGCCCUGUGCUUCCCUCAUUGUUGGCAAAUGGCUUCAUCCAUGGAAGUGGCUCAUUGGAAGGUGCUCAGUACAACUUCAGUUGUAAGCAGGGGUAUUCUCUAAUUGGUGCGGACACAGUAGUUUGCACGGAUGCCGGGGAGUGGAAUGGCUCACUCCCAACCUGCCUAAUAGAGUGCCCAAAGCUUUCUUCGAAUCUUGCAAACGGAGCAGUUAAUGGAUCAGGUCACGUGGAAGGGUCUAUGUACAAUUUUAGUUGCAUGGAUGGUUACUCUAUUGUCGGACAUGAUACUGUAUUUUGUACUAAAAUGGGUGUAUGGAACGCCAGUGUCCCUAACUGUCUUAGAGAAUGCCCAGUUCUUCCCUCAUCAAUAUCGCAUGGUUUUGUUAACGGUAGCGGCUCAUUGGAAGGUAACCAGUAUAAGUUCAGUUGUCAGGAGGGCUACUCUCUUAUUGGUGCGGACACAUUAGUUUGCACGGAUUCUGGUGUGUGGAAUAGCUCGCUUCCAACCUGUCUCAUAGAAUGCCCCUCAUUGGCUGCUGGCAUGGACAAUGGUUAUAAACAUGGCCGUGGGUCGGUGGAAGGCUCUUCGGUCUGGUUUAGCUGUGCUAAUGGUUAUUCUCUAGAAGGAAACAAGUACCUCUAUUGUGAUGAGAAUGGCCAAUGGAAUGGUACAACACCUUCUUGUCUAAAAGAUUGUCCUCAAAUGAACCGCACUCUAGAAAACGGGCACAUUGAUGGUAAUGGAUCCACAUCAGGUGCAGUGUAUAGCUUUCUUUGCGAUGAAGGAUACAGCAUAGAUGGAGAAACCUCGCUGCGCUGUGAUGAAAAGGGACAAUGGAAUGGUAGCAUUCCUGUAUGUUUAAAGGCUCAUACAGAUAAAGAAGAAAAGGAUACAAACGGCUGGUACCUUAACGUCCUGAAUGGUGUCGCAAUCCUAAUUCUGAUAAUCGCAAUUGGCCUGUUGGUAAUUUGGUGUCGACGGAGAUCAGGUAAAAAAGAUAUAACAACCGCGAAGGGUGACGAAGAGGCAGAACUGGAAGUUGUGAAGAGACCUAAAGUACCUGUGGAUAGUGAAGACAAAUGUACCACUGCUCCACAAAACGAUCGCUCUAAAGAUCCUGUGGGCGUAGUGUAA